CAGUUUUACAGUUUACAGCAGUUGCUUCAGUACAGAAUCCACUGGAUAAAUUAAUGAGACAUUUUAACAAAUCUGCUUUCAGCUAUAAGAUUUUUCACUGGUUACACCAUUAUCUCAUUUCUGGUGUGUGUUUCCUCAGAGGACUGAUCUUAUUUUAAUGAAGAGAUGAAGACAGAACAGCAAAUCAUUAUUUUUAUUUGUUUGUUACAAGUUGUUUGGUGUGAAGAUUGGCCCAUCAGUCUGCCAGAGAAGAUUGAAGCUCUGAGUGGAUCCUGUGUGACCAUAAACUGCACAUUUACUAUUGAUAACACAUAUGACAAUGAUCUCACUGACAGUGCUGUAGGAAUUUGGUUAAAAAAUGGGGAUAAUAAAGAAAAUGCUGUGUUUCACUCCACCAACUCCAAACUCUCUUUUAAAGGGGAAAUGACUGGAAAAUUAAAACACAAGGACUGUACUACCAUUUUUUAUAAUGUUACUUCAAAUCACAAUGGCAGAUUUCAGUUCAGGCUUGAGGGUAAUGGUCCACUGAAAUAUGUCUAUCAACAAAAAUCUGUAUUUAUAGACGUGAUCGCCUCUCCCCACAAACCCACAGUGCAGAUGUUUAAGGAUCAGAUGGAGGUUGAGGUUCAUGAGGAGGUGUUAGAGGGGAGCUCUAUGUGUCUGCGCUGCUCUGCUAAGACUCUCUGCUCCUCUUCUCCACCAACUCUCACAUGGAGCUCCACUGACAGACUCCACCUCAAUGAGAACAGCAGACUACAGCUGGAUCAACAGAAUCAAACUGAGAUCAUCUCUGAUCUGAACUUCACUGCUACUCACCUUCAACAUGGAGUCACUUUCAUCUGCACUAUAACCUACCAGCUACAGCAGAGGAUCACAACAGCACAGAACAACAUCAAAUUACGUGUUCAGUAUGCUCCUAAAAACACGUCAGUGUUUGUGAUUCCAUCUAACUCUGUACUGGAGGGCAGUUCAGUGACUUUGAUCUGCAGCAGUGUUGCAAAUCCAGAAGUGAUCACCUGGUACAGAGAGAAUAGAGGACAGCUGGAGGAGCUGCAGACUGGAUCUAAUCUCACCUUCAAUGUGACUGAUCGUACACACACAGGACGCUACUACUGUCAAGCCAAAAACCAACAUGGCACCCAAAACACAUCAGUUUUGCUGGACAUUCAAUAUGCUCCUAAAAACACAUCAGUGUCUAUGUUUCCAUCUAACUCUGUACUGGAGGGCAGUUCAGUGACUUUGAUCUGCAGCAGUGAUGGAAAUCCAGCAGUGUUCAACUACACCUGGUACAGAGAGAAUGGAGAACAGCUGGAGGAGCUGCAGACUGGAUAUAAUCUCACCUUCAAUGUGACUAAUCGUACACACACAGGACGCUACUACUGUCAAGCCGAAAACAAACAUGGUACCCAAAACACAGCAGUGUUGCUCGACAUUCAGUAUGCUCCUGAAAACACAUCAGUGUCUGUGUUUCCAUCUAACUUUAUACUGGAGGGCAGUUCAGUGACUUUGAUCUGCAGCAGUGAUGGAAAUCCAGCAGUGUUCAACUACACCUGGUACAGAGUGAAUGAAGGACAGCUGGAGGAGCUGCAGACUGGAUCUAAUCACACCUUCAUUGUGACUGAUCAUACACACACAGGACGCUACUACUGUCAAACCAAAAACCAACAUGGUACCCAAAACACAUCAGUGUGGCUGGACAUUCAGUGUGAGUAUUAA